AUGUUCACCAAGAAGGCUCUUUCCGUCGCCGCCUCGCUGGCACUUGCCGAGCAGGUCAUGGGUUUCAACGCCCACCGUCACAACCACAACGACAAGCGGGUUUACCAGUACGAUGUUGUCACCAACUGGGUCACGGUUACUGUUUACGAGGGAGAGACUCCCUCCAGCACCCCUACUCCUGCUGCCCAGCCCCCUGCUGAGGUUCAGAACCAACCCGCCACAACCACCUCGACCUCCAUCGUCGUGAUCCCUACUCCCGCCCCGGUCGUUGCUCCCCCGGCCACCACCUUGGCGACUUCUUACGCUCCCAAGGUUCAGCAGGCCGCUCCUUCCUCCUCCAAGGCUGCUGCUGUUGUUGAGGUCGCUGUCGUUAACGUUGCCUCAUCCAAGGCUGCUACCGCUACCCCUGCUGCCAGCUCCUCCAGCACUGGCGGCAAGCGUGGUCUUGCUUACAACCAGGCCAGCCUUGUCAGCAACUUCUUCUCUGGUGGCAACACCUGCAAGGAGUGCUCUUGGGCCUACAACUGGGACUCCAGCUCCAACGGCCUCUCUGAGUCUCUCAACUAUGUGCCCAUGCUGUGGGGACCCAUUGACACCCACACCUCUCGCUGGCAGAAGAACGCCGACGCCGCCAUCUCCGCCGGCUCUACUCACAUUCUGAGCUUCAACGAGUGUGACCUCCCCUCCCAGUGCAACUUGGACGCCGGCUCUGCCGCCGCCGCUCACGUCAAGUGGGUCAACCCCUACGCCGGUAAGGUCAAGAUCGGUGCCCCUGCCAUCACCAACAGCAACAUCGCCGGUCAGGGUCUCGACUGGCUCAAGGCUUGGGUCUCUGCCUGCGACACCGCCGGCUGCUCUUACGACUUCUGCGUCACUCACUGGUACUCUCCCUCCGACGCCGCCGACACCCUUUUCUCUCACCUCAAGUCGGUCCACGAGAUCUGCGGCGGCAAGCCUGUCUGGCUGACCGAGUUCGCUCCUCUCGGCAGCGACGACCAGAUCUCCAGCUUCGUUCAGACCAACAUCCCCAAGCUCGACACCGUCGAGUACCUCGAGCGCUACGCCUACUUCAUGGUCAGCGAUGGCGUCCUCACCUCUGGUAGCUCCCUGAGCUCCCUGGGCAAGUCUUACGCCUCCGCCUAA